AUGAGCACAGAAACAAUCCUCAUCUUAGGCGGCUCCUACGCGGGUAUCAGCGCUGCGCACUACGCCCUCAAACACACCAUCCCCCAGCUUCCCAAAAAGGACGACGUGACAUACAAUGUCACCCUCGUCAACCCGUCAAAGGACCUCUACUGGCGCUUCGCUGCGCCCCGCGCAAUCGUGUCCAAGAAGAUGAUGCCCUCGGAACAGAUCUUCUACCCCAUCGAACCGGCCUUCACAUAUGCAUUCCCCAAGUUCAAGUUCGUUCAAGGCACAGCAACGCACGUCGAUGCCGCAGGCCAGUCCGUCAGCGUAAAGACAGUGGACGGCGAACAGCAGUCGAUCCCCUACGCGGCGCUCAUCAUUGCGACAGGGUUCACGACGCCGAGCCCGCUGUUCACACAAGCAACAGACCGCGCAGCGCUAGAAGCCAUCUAUGAUGAUUUCCAGAAGGGACUCAAGACGGCCAAGACAGUCGUCAUUGGAGGCGGUGGGCCAGUCGGUGUCGAGACCGCCGGCGAAGUGGCUGAGAUUCUGAACGGUCGUCCCGGUUUCAUGGCCGCUGGGCCAAAGAGCCCAAAAGCGCAGGUCACCCUCGUGUGCGCAGACAAGAAGCUGCUGCCCGUGCUGCGCGAAUCCAUCGGCAAGACUGCCGAAGGCUUCCUGAAGAAACUCGGAUGCAGCGUCACAUACAACACGCGCGUCGUUUCGGCAACCAAAACCAGCGAAGCCGAAGGCGCCAAGACGCAUGUCGAGCUCUCCACCGGCGAGACGCUCGAAGCCGACAUCUACAUCGACGCCACGGGCUCGAAACCAAACACGUCCUUCCUGCCCAAGGCAUGGCUCGACAACCGCAGCAAGGUAGCCUGCAACCCACAAACGCUGCGCGUCGAGCACGAGUCGGCCGGCCCGCGCGUCUACGUCCUCGGCGACGUCGGCUCGUACACGCGCGGCGGCGUCAUGGAUCUCAGUCUCGCCGUGCCCGUGGCCCUGACAAACCUCAAGCAGGACCUCGUCCGCCACAUUGACGGCACCGUCUUCGGCGGCGACAGACACUACGUGCCCAAUCUCAAGGAGCAGCAGAUCUGCCCGAUUGGUACGCAGAAGGGCGUUGGCGCUUUCAACGGCUUCAAGGUUCCUAGUCAGAUGGUGUGGAUGAUCAAGGGCAGGGAUUAUCUUAUCUCGCAGCUCGCGCAGGGCACGCUUAGAGGCGAUCAAUGGAAGAAGGAGACGAAGUGGACGCCGGUUCAGGAUUUUGGCAGGGCGGGGCUGAGUCAGGGGUGA